AUUUGGCACUAUAAAUACCUCCCCUCUCCUUCAUCUCUUUGCAUACUCACUCGCAACUUUGUACUACAUUCAUAAGUGAUCUUUCGGCAACAGUCGAGUCAUACUGAGGAGAGAAAAAAUGAAGCCAUUCUUUGCAAUCCUUUUGCUGGCCUGUAUUGUUCUUACUUCCUCUUUCUUUGAGCUUACGGUGGCUGGUUCAGCAUUCUGUGACUCAAAGUGUAAGGUAAGGUGCGCCAAAGCAGGAGUGAAAGAUCGGUGCUUGAAGUACUGUGGAAUAUGCUGUGAAAAGUGCAAGUGCGUGCCCUCUGGAACUUAUGGGAACAAGAACGAGUGCCCUUGUUACAGGGACAUGAAGAACUCCAAGGGCAAGCCCAAGUGCCCUUGAAAUGAUGGUGAUACCGAUCGGCCUUAAUUACGAAUUCAUAGUAAUGGAGCUAUAAAGAAUUAAUACCUAGAGUUUAUAAUUUAUUACAUGGUUGUUGUAGAGAUUUAUACUAUACAUUCAGCUUCAUGUAUAGAAGUUGGAAUAUCAAUGGAAUAAGUGAUGUACAUACUUCCUUUAAUUAGGAAGUGGACGGUUUGUCUCUUGCUCUCUGGUACUGGCAUGGCUAUUGGAUA